CCGCGCUGGGGACUUUGACGCGGAGUCCGGGAGGCCGACAAUGCAGCAGCAGCAGCAGCAGCGCGGCGCCGGGGACAGUUCCUCUGGAUGUUCUGGAGAAAUGGGAAUUCAUGAAGAUGUGAAGGAUUACUAUGGAAGGAGGGUGCAGAAGACUGAAGAUCUGGUCCUGGAUAUGUGUGUCACUCCUGCUCAACCUCUCCCUAAGUACAUACGGGAUGUCUUGAAAGUUGUUCAUGAAGAAGUGAGCUCAAGGUACUAUGGAUGUGGACUUGUGAUUCCUGAAUGUCUGGAAAACUGUUGGAUCCUGGACCUGGGAAGUGGGAGCGGCAGGGAUUGCUACAUGCUCAGCAAGCUGGUGGGAGAGCAAGGUCACGUGACUGGGAUUGACAUGACCCAGGAGCAGAUCCAAGUUGCUCAGAAGUUUAUCGAGUACCACAGUCAGCUGUUUGGCUUCAGUAAACCCAAUGUGGAGUUCCUCCAAGGCUACAUUGAAAAACUCGGCGAUGCUGGAUUGAAGGACAACAGCUUUGAUAUCAUUAUAUCUAACUGUGUGAUUAACCUAUCACCUGAUAAAAAGGCUGUGCUGAAAGAAGCAUAUCGAGUGUUAAAGGACGGGGGCGAAAUGUACUUCAGUGAUGUCUACGCUGACUGCAUCCUUCCUGAAGCAAUAAGAACACACAAGGUUUUGUGGGGUGAAUGUCUUGGAGGAGCUCUGUGGUGGAAAGAUCUCUUCAGAAUCGCCGAGGAGGUGGGUUUCAGCGUCCCUCGUCUUGUCACUGCCAAGAGGAUUCCUGUAACAAAUGCAGAGCUCAAGAAAGUUGUUGGAGACUUCCAGUUUGUUUCUGCCACAUACCGACUGUUCAAAAUCCCGGCCAACUGUCCGAAAGAAAAGUGCUGUGUGACUUACAACGGAUCGAUCAGAGGCUUUAAGGAAAAGCUGAAGUUUGAUGUCAACUACACCUUUAACGAAGGAGAGGCGGUGAUGGUGGACGGAGAGAUAGCAGCAAUUCUUCAGGGAUCGCGUUUCGCUCAUGCAUUCAGCAUUAAGCCAGCUGGAAAAGUGGCUCCAUGCUCUGGAGAAGAUCCGUCCACUGAAUCAAAGGACCAUGCUGUUGAUCCAUUCAAGCUGACGGAGCAGCCAGUGGCUGAAGGGACUGCAGGCCUUGCCAAAGGUUGCUGUGUGCAGCGCCAGGAAUGCUGCUGAAGUUGCUCCGUUGGUGAGAGAUUAACCUCUGCUUACAAUGAUAACCAGGAAGCUCAACAUGAAGAGAUUGAUUAAUAGUGAGAGUGAGCCGAAGAUUUUCUCUGAGCUUUGCAGAGACGAGUGCUAAGCUAAUACCCUGACAUGGUCCGAGAGACAGAAAGUUCUGGAAGCAGUCUGUUGAUCUGGCAGCAUCUGUGGAGAGAGGAACAAAGUUACCAACAGUUCACAACGAGUCAGAUUUGUGUUUAUCCCUCGGUGUUUGAGCCUCGAGACGCUGACUCUGUUUUUCUCUCUGUACAGAUGUUGAGUUUCUCCAGCACUUCCUGGUUUUGUCUCAGAUCUCCAACAUCUGCAGUAUUUCAGGGUUUGUGUUUGAAGGCAGUUAACAGCUGACACCAAGCCUCUCAUUUUCGUGUGGUUUUUUGUGUCCCAACACUGAGAGCUGGGACAAUCCAAACUCACUGUGUGCUCUCCACUUGAGAUGCUGGCUGCGAAUUCAGGCCACAAUCUGUCGUAAAUACUUCUUCAUUGCAAUAAACAAAACCUUA